AUGGUCGGUUCAAAUUAUUCCGACAACAUGGAUCGCAUGGAGUGUUCCGCCGUUUAUAUUGAUGAUCGUGUAAAGUCAGAGCGAUGGGUGCACAGGAGGUUAUCCGAUGCGUCGACGACCUCGUCGGGUAGCGUCUCGGUGAUCGCAGAAGAACCCGAGUCGCUUCGGUCGGAUGUGGAACUUUUGCUGCAGGUGUGCAAACAGAUUUAUUUGUGCCAUGCAGGAACAUCCUUUGCGACAAAACUAGCAGAACUUAGCGACCGUGCCGGAUAUAACUGCACACCGGUUUUUGCGUUCUUCGACAUCGAUCUUGGCACCGAUGAAAUCGGUCCGGCUCGUCGUAAGAUCAGCCGUGCGUCAUGGUCGGAGACCAGUCCUCCUUCGCCUUCCUCUUUGCGACAUGGCUUUACUUUCUCCUCCCAAUCGGAGGAAACCUAUGGCCUGCAGUUGCUGUCGGGGGUCUCCGCCGAUAUUCAAGUUCAAGAAUCGCCCAAUGUAAUCGUUCCUGUUGCAGUCUUGCGAACCGUGUCUGCAGGAAUGACGAGCAGCCCUGUUGAACAGCCAAGCCGAAACAUUCUCACAGCAGAUCCUCAUCAAAUCACUCGGUGUUUGGAUGCUGGGGCCGUCGAAGUUCUCACAACUCCGUUGGACCGAUCUAGGGUACAGGGCCUUGUGGUCCAUGCGUAUCGGACUCGAAAAUCGGCGCAAAAAGAACAAUCACGGUUCCUGGCUAGGAGAAAGCUUCGAAAACACUCUUGGGUGGGUGUUCAUGAUGAGCAGCCAUAUGCUUAUCUGAGAGAAGCCAUGGUCUCGAAACUCAUGAAAGGUAUUUGUGAUCCAGAAGAAGUUAUCGAAGAAUUUCAGGAUCGCAACAGAGAACUGGAUGUAAGCCCUGAACGUGAAAAAUUCGUCAAGCAACAAAUUGGAAACUGGAAUUUCAAAGCCCACGAGUUCUCGGAGGAUGAACUUGUCUUUGGAGCGUGCGAAAUGCUUCAGCAUGCAUUCCAGAUGCCAGAGUUAGAGCACUGGCGAUUGACUCCAGGCGAACUUCGGACAUUUUUACUCGCCUGUCGCGCUGCCUAUAACUCAUUUGUGCUGUACCAUAACUUUCGCCAUGCCAUUGAUGUUUUGCAGUCUGUCUUUUGCUUCCUGCUUCAUAUUGGCGCCUUGCCCCCGUACUCAUCUGCCGUUCCCGCACUUGGUUCCUCGACUCCCAUUGCCUCUCUUCUCGCCCCGUUCGAUGCGCUCACCCUUUUGAUCUCUGCUAUUGGCCACGAUGUUGGCCACCCUGGAGUGAACAACUUCUUUCUCGUCAAGCUCAAUUCACCCUUGGCGCAGCUCUACAACGACAACUCUGUCUUGGAGGCAUUCCACUGCGCUGCCUUUUCUCAGAUUCUACGCCGUCACUGGCCUGCCGCCUUCAAGGAUAAGCAGCUUCGAAAGCUGCUUAUUAGCUCGAUUCUGGCGACAGACAUGGGCGUUCAUCAGAAGUUCAUGGAAAGGCUAGGGUCAUUGCAGGAACGGUUUUACGAGAACAACAAGACCGUCGACGGGUGGAAGGUUCAAGAUAUCGAAAUGUACAAGUCGCUCCUGUGUGGUCUGUUGAUCAAGUGUGCCGAUAUCAGCAAUGUGGCGCGGCCGUGGGAGGUUGCAGAGAAAUGGACCAAGAUUCUCCAAGAAGAGUUUGCCAACCAAGGCGAGAUGGAAAAGGAGGUUGGCAUGGAGACUGCUUUGUUUGGGGGUCCUCCGGAACUUGGCAACAUCUACAAACUGGCCACUGGCCAGAUUGGGUUCAUGUCGAUCUUUGCGCUUCCUCUCUUCGAGGGUGUAUCGGAUAUCCUGCCACAGUUGAAGUUUACGGCUGAGCAGAUUCGAAGCAACCAGGCUAAAUGGCAUUUCCUUGCGGAUUUGGAAAAGAGGAAGCAAAUCCUGCAGGCGGAGAUACGCUCAGAGGAUACCGUUUCUCCCCGUUCUUCAAGUCCACCUUCCGAAUCGAGGGAAGUGAAGGAGCGUCGUUCUGCGCCUGUGGGAACUCCUAAACCACCCCCGGAAACACCUAACGACCUCCAACACGCGACUACUGAGACUGGCGACGAUAGCGACUACUUCGGUAGCACCCAUUCGCCCAGUCAAGACUCUGUCGAACAAAGGGCCAUAAAUGAAAAUACCAUAAGUCCGGUUGUUUCGCCGGAUACACCUGGUCCCUCGAUGGAUAUCACGGGGAGCCCAUAUCCUCCCGGAACACCGUCUAGGAAAUCAUCAACGGCCGUACCCGAUCUUACGAUGGUUUCGCUUGCAAGCAGGCCGGACAGAAAUGCGCCGCCAAUCCAUCCUCCCCAGGGUGACCAACAGCCAACGCUUGACCCCAACCGCGCACGGGACCCAGCGGUCCUGGCAGCUGUUAUCUUUGCCAAUGCAUCUAUGGACGAGGGCGAAGCUCAAGACCCCUCAAGGAACCGUGAUCAUUCACUUGAUAACGCCUCGGAACGACCAAGCAGUUCACGCCAUGGCCCUCAGGGCCAGCAUCGCCAACACGCCAACACCGGCUCGUCUGUGCGUACGUCGGCACCCUCGACGUCUCAGAGAAACAGCUGCACCCGCACACAAAGCAUCAGUGCGUACAGCAACAAUAUGACACCCAUCUCUCCGGCUACCAACGCCACCAGCUUUCUCACAGUGGAUAGUGGCGACGACAAGGGUGUUCCCCGAGACAGUACUGGGGAACACGAACACCAUGACAGUACCAGCACGCGGGCGAGUUCUUCAAACGCAUACACCCCAGUCGAUCGAGAACACCAGGGCACCUACAGCUCUUCUGGCCAGAGCCAUGUUUCUCGUGCUUCCCAUACAUCCCAUAACUCGCAUAGGUCUCAUCGAUCUGAUCAACAUGUGGAUGACGGGAAUAAGAACCAUGUCAUGGCCACCGUGUUCGGGAACGGAAGAGGCAGUUCUUCCAAAUCCACGACGACUGCUGGGAGCGUGAAGAACGACGGGCAUCACCACGGGAAUCACCACGGAGAGGAAUCUCCCGGUGAGCACACGCCGCCUCGCAGGCUGCCGAAGCGUCGAAGUCGACUGCGCCUAGCAUUCUGGAAGCGCAGAAACCACCACGCACACCAGGAGGUAAGCGGCGAGACGUGA